UUCGAGCAGGAAACGCAGUCGACCACUAUCUAGCGUAGUAUAGCUGCGAGAAGAGAUUGUUGCGUCUCCUACGCUCUUUACUGCUACUCUGGACGGACUAUCUUUCUUUCGCACCUCGAAGAAUCGAAGGUGCCCCUUAGCAUACUGCGGAUGUCGUCUGCUGGCCUAUCCAUCCCUGUCAGCGGUCUUUCCUAUCCUCGCUGAAUGUAUAGAAAUGGAAGCGUUGGAUAUACUGCUUCAGUGCAUCACUCCACGGCUCCUCUGAACUCCUUGCAUCCUGACUUGCAUUGCGACGGUAUUCGGCACUACUGCAAGACUCUUCUCGGGGAAGGGUGUUUUAGACCUCGCAGAGCCCGUCGAGAUCACAUUCAAGAGCAAAAGUGGGAUAUCUGUUGUAGCGCGUGGAUGAUAUGUACGACUUCACUACCGAGUAUCAGCGGUACCAGGACGAGUUCAAGAUCCCUAUCACUCGUCUUUGGAGCUUGGAGUAACGUAGGGAACGGAGCUCGCGAGGAGCGUGCUAACUCGUCUCCCUAUCGCACAGAUGUAUCCCUACCCCGAAGGAAGCGCUUGCGACGUGGGCCAAAGAUCUGUUCCUAUCCAGAAUCAAUACUCAUCAGCAAUGAGCGCGUUUCUUCCUAUCAACAAGGUGACGAUAGUGUACCAAGCGCGACUCUGUGAGCGAGCUGCCCGUCGCGAUACCGCGACUCGCGAGGUGAUGUUUAUUUUGGACUUGGGGACAACUCUGAUGGGCGGCGCCCGCGCGCGUCGC